CUCAACCGGAGUUAUCCUCGCCCUUUCCAUGUCCUGGAUCCCCCACCGGUUGUAGUCAGUGUCAUGUCAUUGGAUGAAUCUGACGGAAAGUCAUGGUGACUAUGCUGCUACGGGUAGCGUCAGAUUUCCAGGCUAGCCGAGUAAAAACAACCUCUUUUACUUGGUGUCGGUUCGAGGAUAGACAGAAUCCCGUCUUUGGCUUGACCAUGCCGUCUCCUAUGGUAUUGGUGGACGUAUCUGACGAGCAGUCAUGGUGGUUAUGCCGAUACAGGUGGCAACAGAUUUCCGGGGCUUGGUUUCGAAUCGAGGAUUGGCAGAAUUCCGUCUUUGGCUUGAUCAGUCUAUUGGCAGCACAUUAUCAAAUACACAACAUGCGAAAUUUCUUUGACGGUUUUUUUCUGAUCUGACGUUCUUGAUCAUUACAACAACACCAACGACAGCGACAACGACAUCGAACAAGCGUGCGUCCAAGGACAAGCAACAUCCAUUCAAACGACGAAUCGACAUACUAGGGAAGGAGCAGAUUUACUAUCUACUGGUGAUGCUAUGGCGACAAGUACUUUUCAAACGGAUGCGGGUAUCUGCACUCA